GCGCCUGCGGGGCCCCUCUGGCUUCCCCCCCCCUCCGCUCGAUCCCGCUCUCCCCCCCGCAUGGAUGGAGCCUCGCAACUUCCAGUGCCCGCUGCGCCCGCACCCGGGAGGCUUGACAGGUAAUUAAAUGCCCUUAGUGUGGAUCUUUGCUCUGUUGGCAUGCUUGGAUGCACAGCAGCUCUUCCGAUAGCUUCUUUUCGUCUGCCUCAUUGCAAGAAGAUGGCAAAAGCAAACAUUACCAGAGACAUCAUCCACAGACAGAUCAAGGAGAGGGGUGCGCUGGGCUUCGAACGACACUAUCAUGUCACCGAUCCAUUCAUUCGACGCCUGGGCCUAGAAGCAGAAUUGCAGGGUCACUCUGGGUGUGUCAACUGUCUAGAAUGGAAUGAAAAAGGAGACUUGUUGGCCUCUGGCUCUGAUGACCAGCAUACCAUUGUCUGGGAUCCUCUGCACCACAAGAAACUCCUUUCUAUGCACACAGGACAUACUGCAAACAUCUUUUCUGUCAAGUUCUUGCCGCAUUCAGGGGAUCGGAUCCUCAUCACGGGAGCUGCAGAUUCCAAGGUGCACGUCCAUGACUUGACUGUCAAGGAGACCAUCCACAUGUUUGGAGAUCACACCAACAGAGUUAAGCGGAUUGCCACGGCUCCCAUGUGGCCUAACACCUUCUGGAGUGCAGCAGAAGACGGGCUAAUCAGACAGUACGAUCUGCGAGAGAACAGCAAACGUUCAGAAGUCCUGAUAGACCUGACAGAGUACUGCGGGCAGCUGGUGGAGGCCAAAUGCCUGACGGUCAACCCCCAAGAUAACAACUACUUAGCAGUAGGGGCAAGUGGACCCUUCGUGCGGCUCUACGACAUACGCAUGAUCCACAACCACAGAAAAAGCAUGAAGCAGAGUCCUUCAGCUGGAGUACACACAUUCUGCGACCGACAGAAACCCCUCCCGGAUGGUGCGGCACAGUACUACGUGGCAGGGCACCUUCCUGUGAAGCUUCCGGACUACAACAACCGGCUGAGAGUUCUGGUGGCCACAUACGUCACCUUCAGUCCUGAUGGCACUGAGCUCUUAGUCAACAUGGGAGGCGAGCAGGUGUAUUUGUUUGAUCUAACAUACAAACAGCGACCAUACACUUUUCUCCUCCCAAAGAAGUGCCAUACUUCAGGGGAAGUGCAGAAUGGAAAAACCUCUACCAAUGGAGUGUCGAAUGGCAUCCAUCUCCACAGCAAUGGCUUCCGCUUGUCUGAAGGAAGAGCACACGUGAGUCCCCAAGUGGAGUUACCUCCAUAUCUGGAGAGAAUCAAGCAGCAAGCCAACGAGGCCUUUGCUUGCCAGCUGUGGACUCAAGCCAUCCAGCUAUACAGCAAAGCAGUCCAGAAAGCCCCCAACAAUGCCAUGCUGUAUGGAAACAGAGCUGCUGCCUACAUGAAGCGCAAGUGGGAUGGGGACCAUUACGAUGCUUUAAGAGACUGCUUGAAGGCCAUAUCCUUGAAUCCAUGCCACCUGAAAGCCCAUUUCCGUCUUGCCCGCUGUCUCUUUGAACUCAAGUACGUGGCAGAAGCACUGGAGUGUCUGGAUGACUUUAAAGGGAAGUUCCCAGAACAAGCACAUAGCAGUGCCUGCGAUGCACUAGACAGAGACAUCAAUGCAGCCCUCUUCUCCAAGAGUGAUAACGCUGAAGACAAGAAAGGGGGUGGCCCCAUCCGGCUGCGAGCCACAGGCCGCAAGGAUUCCAUCUCAGAGGAUGAGAUGGUGCUGAGGGAGCGCAGCUACGACUACAAAUUCCGAUAUUGUGGCCACUGUAACACUACUACAGACAUCAAAGAGGCCAAUUUCUUUGGCAGCAAUGCACAGUACAUAGUCAGUGGGUCAGAUGACGGCUCCUUCUUCAUCUGGGAGAAAGAAACCACCAACCUUGUUAGAGUGCUGCAGGGAGACGAGUCGAUUGUGAAUUGUCUCCAGCCUCAUCCCAGUUACUGCUUCCUGGCUACCAGUGGCAUUGACCCAGUUGUACGACUGUGGAACCCGAGGCCAGAGAGUGAAACCCUUAAUGGCCGCGUUGUAGUAGACAUGGAAGGUGCUUCCCAAGCGAACCAGAGACGAAUGAAUGCAGACCCGCUGGAGGUGAUGUUGCUGAACAUGGGGUACCGGAUUACAGGACUGACCAGUGGUGGGGCUGGAGGCUCAGAUGAUGAAGACAGCUCAGAGGGGCAAGUCCAGUGCCGGCCCAGCUAAAACAGAACUGCCUCUCCUUCCUCUAAUUGUUUGGCUGAAAGGGAACCUAGUUUCCUUGGUCCUGAACUUUCUCUGAUGAAUGACUGCACUGUUUCGCACUAUGCACAGAGUAGGACAAGCUGGCAGGGGCAGGAGCGGCCGUCUCUUUAAACCAUCGCCACCACCUCCUCCUUCUCCCGUCACGCUACUGAGCAGCAUGGCAGUGCAGUCCGGGGUUUGCCUUUAGUGGAAUUUAGUCCUAACAGGGGUCUUUGAGUUGUCUGUAAGCAGUGUAAGCUGGUGAUUUUUUUCUUCCAGAGCUGCUGUAUGAUCUGGUACAGGGGGAUGUUGCCUGCAUUCAUGCAUUUGGAGAGGGGAUGUUAAAUUCCUGAAUAAAAUACAAACCUAGGGCAGGGGUUAUGGAAUGAAUUUACUUCAGUGAUCUUGGUCUUGAAAGCUUGACUCUGCUUUUGUGCUACCAGCCUGUCUAGAGGCCCCUGGUUUAGGGUUGUUGGCCAUGAAACACCAGUUUUGUCCCAUAACAUCUUUCUUCUGGCUUCCAUCUCUAACACGUUGUCACCAGAUGUAGCUGUGUUGUAUUAAGGACUGGAUAUUGCCUGUCUUGUCCCUGGGCAUCUGUCUUGGUUGAUGAAUCAGUGAAGGCACUGUGUAUGUGCAGCUCAACAGGGCAGGAUGUGCUUGCCCAGCUCUGAUACUUUCUUCUGUGGUCUGUGAACCCGUGGAGAAAGGUGACAGCAACGGGAGCAGGUUUGAUCAGAGAACUAGGACUCACGUAGCUAAAGCUACUGAGGAAAGGGGCUGGUAACAGCACUCUUCCAGAGCUUCUCUCUCCGUUGCCCAAAAUGUGUGUAGCUGUAUUCACCUUCUCUUCUCCAUGUCACCUGUGCUGGAGCUGAGAACGUUGCCACCGUGUAUAUGUUGCAAGUAAAGUUUCGAGCUUUUAGACAGCAACAUUUUUGUGCAGUCAGCUGCUCUGUCUUGGCCAAGGUGGGCCUUCUCCGCCUCAUUGUUGGUGUAACAUCUGAUGGAUUAGUGGUCCUCUCAGGAACCCUCCUUCCUCUUCCCGCUCUCCACACACUGACUCUGGCUGCAAAGCCAGGAGUACACCUAGAAAUGCAGCACUGUACUUCCAUUCCUUCCCCUCUCAUGUAACAUGCAGCCCUGUUUUUCCCUCUUGCAGUUGCCAAAUGCUAAAUAUCAAAUAGAUCUUACACAGCUGUGCUACAACCGAAUCAGAAGAGGUUGUUUUUUUUCUAGGACUAUCAACUAAGACCAAAGAGCCCCUGGAGAUCUUAACUGCUCUGCGCUGUCUCGUGUCUCUUACUGCUGAAGGUCUGAACAUGCUAGCCUUGGUCCCAGGGGUGCGAGAUGUGUGUCUGGGAGUGUGUGCGCAUGUGUGUAUGCUGCAUUAGGGCUGUUCUUCCAUGUGGUGCAAUCCCUGGUCUUCCUGUUCCUGCUGUGGAAAGAUGAGAGGCCUCCCUUUCCUUCUCUGGCUGCUUCUGGCUGCCAGGCGUUGAUGAGAGAGACUGCGCAGUGCUGGCUGAUCAAGGUAACUGGCUUCCUCUCCCUUCCAGAACAGUCUUUAUGAGAUGAGUGAGCCUUGUACAGGAGGGAGAGAGGUCACAGAGGCUCGUAGCUGGCAGCGUCUCUCCAAGGACACUGUUCCCUGCCUAGAGAGAUCCCCUGCACUCCCUUGCAAUCGCAGGGGAGCUAACUGGGACCUGAUCUCUGCCCCUCAGACAAAGAUGUCCAUCUGCUCUUUCACGUGUGGGUGAAACUGAGCCUUCGCGAACCCCGGUCUUGUGGGAGCAUGCCCCUCACCGCCCAGAAACGACUGGCUACCCUUGUGCUCUGCUGAACUGUGAUGGCAGACUCGCCCUCCAUCUUCUCCUGCUGAAGCAGAGCUCUCCUGGGACAGAUUGUCACUUGGCUGCUGAGGGCAUGUUUGCUUGUUUUCACACGGUACCAGCGCGGUAGAUGUGACUGCUUGCUCGGUUUACCUGUUUGGUUGUGUACAAGCUCCCCCACCCCAGGUGUACCCCGGCACUCAAUGCUCUUCAUAACCCAGAGACAGCAGAAAAUUCUUCUCACUUGGGUGGCUUUUUUAACAUGGUCUGGCCUUUUCUUUUUUUGCUUCAGGCUUUCCUACUAGAUGCAUCCUCUUUUUUCCCCCUCUUCUCCUCCCACUCAAACUUUUUUUCCAGCUUUCAGUAGACAAUGUCUGCAGACUUUGAUUUUUAAACUGAGAGACUGAGAUGGAAAGCUCUGAAGAGGACAGACCUCUCCCUCCCCAUUCACCUUUUGCUGUGGCAGCUAUUUUUUGUUGGUUUUACCCUUGUGAGACAGUGCAGCUCUUUUACCUGCCAGUUGCAGUGUGAAAGCUACAAGAUUCCCUGCCUCUGCAGUGGAUUGCUUUUUUUUAAUGACUGCUUUGGUUAAAAAAGAUAAAUAAUAAUGGGAGAGAAGGGGAGAGAAAAAUCUUUCUGCCUCUAGCCCCUUUUCCCCUUGUCGUGGGCAGAUUACCUGCUUUGUCGCUUGUUAAUGAGGAAUUUGUAUUUAUUGGUGAAGGAAAAAACGUGCUGGAGAAGUAGGGAGAUGAUGUUGCUUUAUUGACCUCUGCUGUUUACUUCAACCCCCUCUUUGGGAAAGCUUCUUCCUGCUCUUUCUGGUUAACUCUUUCUAGCCUGGGAUAUGCAGGGAUGCCUCCUUUAUUUUUGUAUUCUAUCAAUGGGCUCUCUGUUAGGAGACUCAAGGAUUCUCUUAGUGUUGCAAUGACCAUUGCUUCUCGCUUUUUCAAGUACUAAAGAUGAUCAUCUCGUAAACUUUGCCCCUGCGGUUGUAGAGGUAACACACAAGCCUUACUGCCCUCACUAGAAGGAGCAGAAAACUUGUUUCUCUGGUCCCUGGAAGAGAAAGGGUUAAGCAAUUAAACAAUUCUUUGUUCUA